GAUCUGCCCACCAGACCGAUGGCGGCGGCCGGGCUGAGGGACCCGACUCAGGUAACUUUGUUUCUCCAGAAGCACAUAUGGACCUAACAAAGGGCUGUGUGACCUUUGAGGAUGUCAACAUUUACUUCUCACAGGAAGAGUGGGAACUUCUUGAUGAGGAUCAGAGGCUCCUGUACCUUGAAGUGAUGCUGGAGAACUUUGCGCUUGUAGCCUCACUGGGUUGUGGGCAUGGAACAGAGGAUGAAAAGAUAUCUUCUGAACAGACUGUUUCUGCAGGAGUGUCACAGUCUAAUACAGAUCUGUCCACCCAGAAUGUUCACCCCUGUGAAAUGUGUGUACCAAUUCUGAAAGAUAUUUUGCUUUUGGCUGAUUUAGCUGGACAGAAACCAUACAUGGUUGGAGCAUGUGCAAACUGUCAGCACCAGAAGCAGCACAGUGCAAAAAAGCCCUUGAAGAUGGAUAUGGACAAACCCUUUUAUGAGAAGCCCUGCUUGUUCUGUGCAUCAGGGAAGCCCUUCCCCAGUUGGGAAAUUCAGAAGGACCUCCCAGCCAUGUUGGAGCUUCUAAGGUCCCUGGCCUUUCCCAAAAGUGAGGAGCCCAAGAAAGUUGCUGAGUGUGGGAAAGAUGAUCACAGGCAGAAAAAUUAUGACAAAUCAGACAAAUGUGGGAAAGCUUCCAGGCACAAACAUAGCCCUGUUUACCGCACAAGAGCCUGCACUGGGAAAAAGCUUUAUGAGUGUAGCAAAUGUGGGAAAACUUUCCGUGGCAAGUACUCACUUGUUCAACACCAGAGAGUCCAUACUGGAGAAAGGCCUUGGGAGUGCAAUGAAUGUGGUAAGUUCUUUAGCCAAACCUCCCACCUGAAUGAUCAUCGGAGAAUCCACACUGGAGAAAGGCCUUAUGAGUGUAGUGAAUGUGGGAAAUUCUUUAGACAAAACUCCAGCCUUGUUGACCAUCAGAAAAUUCACACUGGAGCAAGGCCUUACGAGUGUAGUCAGUGUGGUAAAUCCUUUAGCCAAAAAGCUACCCUUGUUAAACACCAAAGAGUUCACACUGGAGAAAGGCCUUAUAAGUGUGGUGAAUGUGGGAAUUCCUUUAGUCAAAGUGCCAUUCUUAAUCAACACCGAAGAAUUCACACUGGAGCAAAGCCUUAUGAAUGUGGCCAUUGUGGGAAAUCCUUUAGCCAAAAAGCUACCCUCAUUAAACACCAGAGAGUUCACACUGGAGAAAGGCCUUAUAAGUGUGGUGAAUGUGGGAAAUCUUUUAGUCAGAGUUCCAUCCUUAUUCAACACCGGAGAAUUCAUACUGGAGCAAGGCCUUAUGAGUGUGACAAAUGUGGAAAGUCCUUUAGCCAAAAGUCUGGCCUCAUUCAACACCAGGUGGUUCACACUGGAGAAAGGCCUUAUGAGUGUGACAAAUGUGGGAAUUCAUUUAGCCAAUGCUCCAGCCUCAUUCACCACCAAAAAUGUCACAACAUGUGAGAGGGCUCAUAAGUGCAGUAAAUGUAGAAAAGCCUUUCACUCAAGUUCUAACGUUUAGCUCCUGAAAGUCCACACUUGAGAAAGGUCUUAGACCUGCAGGGAAUGUGCUAUCAUUUUAGGUAUUCUAGCAUUACUGAGCCUUUGUGUGGGAGCCAUCAGCCUGAAGUUGAACCUCAUACUUCCAGACCUUCAAAGGGAUGAGAUAUGUGUGAGGCAUACAGUA